AUGUGUUGUAUAAGAAGAAUAAGAAGAAAAUUUUCAGUUUACUCUCGAUUAACGAUCACGAAGUUCAUACCUACCGACAAGUAUCCUGAUCAGCAGCAAGAUACGAUAAACCUUUCAGUUGAUCCUGCACUUUCUCUUACAAACGCGAUUCCAAAGCAAAAUAUAUCUUCAACAAAUGAAGGUCCUUUAAAACCUCGCACAUUAUACGAUUAUCAGACGCAUGCUGUUGCAUAUAAAGACCUGAUAGAAUCCAGGUGCCUUCUGGAAAUUCUUAAUGGUAGUGAAAGUUUGAUCAGCAAAUGGAUAUCGAGUGGGAAAAAAGGAAGCAUAUCCAAGGAAUUUUUGUACAAUGAACUGCUAUCGAAACGGCAGAUAUGGAGGUUAGCAGGCGAGCGUAUCACAGAAUUCUGCAAAGGUUUCCCCACCUACUUGAUCAAAGACGAACCCUCCAUCCAAUACGAUACGGACGUCGGCUAUUCCAACGACCUGUCCAGCGAUGACGUCACCAUCAACACCCUUCGUCAUAAGAGAGCGACCAGCCAGUUUUUCAGAGGUAGGGUCCGGGGACAGACUCAGUCGCAGUACCUGAAUUUCGGCAAGUCUGACGAACCUGGCAAAGCCGAAGCCGAAUCUACCUACGAGGGCUCCAAGGCGGUCGUCAGUGGAAGCAAUGGCAUGGGUCAAGCCCAAAGUCAAAGUAUCCCUUUCGGUUGCGAAGACUGUCUGGGACAAGGUGGAUACGAUCAAGAACAGACGAUAGAUGUCAGACCUUUCCGGCCUGGUGGUUACCCGGAACCCAUCAUAGAAGUACCCGGGGGCCCCAUUGGUCCUGGCGGGCCAGAAGGGCGACCAGGACAAAUCGGCAGACCUGGUCAAAUUGGAAGACCAGGUCAAAUUGGAGGACCAGGACAAAUUGGUGGGACAGGCCAGAUUAGAGGGCCAGACCAUACUGGAGGUCAAGGUCCGAUUGGUGGACCAGGCCAAGCUUGGGGACCAGGCCAAAUUGGUGGGCCAAGCCAGAUCGGAGGGCCAGGAAGUACUGGAGGUCCAGGUAAAAUUGGUGGACCAGGCCAAGCUGGGGGACCAGGACAGAUUGGCGUUCCAGGACAAAUUGGUGUGCCAGGACAAAUUGGUGUGCCAGGACAAAUUGGUUCGCCAGGACACAUUGGUGAACCAGGCCAGAUUGGAGGGCCAGGUCAAAUAAGGGGACCAGGGCAAUUUGGAGGUCCUGAAGGAAUUGGAGGUCCAGGUCAAACUGGAAGGCCUGGACAAACUGGAGGUUCCGGAGGAGUUGGGGAUUGGACUGGGCAAAUAGGAGUGCCAGGUGGACCAGGGGAAGUUCUAAGUCCUGGUCAAGCAGGAAGCCCAGGACGAACCAGAGAACCUGAUAGAACAGGACGAGUUGGAGGUUGGCCAGGGCAAAUUGAAGGACCUGGAGGAUGGCCAGGGCAAGCUGGGGGGCCUGGAGGAUGGCCAGGGCAAGCUGGGGGGCCUGGAGGAUGGCCAGGGCUAGCUGGGGGGCCUGGAGGAUGGCCAGGGCAAGCUGGGGGGCCUGGAGGAUGGCCAGGACAAGUUGGGGGACCAGGAAGUUGGCCUGGACAAGUUGGAGGACCAGGUCAAAUCGGAGGACCUGGUGGUUGGCCAGGGCAAAUAGGUGGUCCAAGUCAAAUUGGAGGACCAAGUCAAAUUGGAGGUCCAAGUCAAAUCGUUGGACCUGGUGGUUGGCCAGGGCAAAUCGGUGGCCCAAGUCAAAUUGGAGGACCAAGUCAAACAGGAGUCCCAGGCCGAAUAGAAGGCUCUGGUGGAAUAGGCGGUCCUGGACAGAUUUAUGGACCUGCACAAGUAGGAGGUUGGCCAGGUCAAACUGAAAAAGGAGCGUUUGGUGGCCAGUUAUCAGGUGACUAUCAAAGCGUACAUGGACACAGCGGAAGAUUUUAUGGAAAGUUCACGGGGCAAUAUGAAGCAUACGGUGCACACGGACCACCUAGGCCAGGUGAGCAUGGAUAUGGGAAACCAGGUCAAGGAGGUGGGUGGCCAGGACAAACUGGUGGUCCUGCACAGGAAGGAGGGUGGCCUGAGCAACCUGGAAGAUGGCCACCAGGACAAAUUGGGGGAAUUCCAGGAGGACAAGGCGUUUGGCCAGUACCAAUAGGAGGAUUACCUGGUCAAGUUGGAUUGCCUGGUCAAAUUGGAUGGCCAGGCCAAAUUGGAUGGCCAGGCCAAAUAGGUGGACCAGGUCAAGCAGGAGUUUGGCCUGGACAAAUACAAGGACCAGGUCAAAUAGGAAGUCCAGGCCAAAUAGGAGUUCCAGGUCAAAUUGGAGGUCAAAUAGGAGGUCCAGACCAAAUAGGAGUUCCAGGUCAAAUUGGAGGUCAAAUAGGAGGUCCAGGCCAAAUUGGAAGUCCUGGUCAGAUUGGUGGUCCAGGUCAAAUUGAAGGUCCAGGCCAGAUUGUAGGCCCUGGGCCAACAGGAGUGUGGCCAGGACAAGGACCAGGUCAAAUAAGGGGCCCUGGUCAAAUAGGAGGCCCAGGCCAGAUAGGAGGCCCUGCCCAGGUAGGAGUUUGGCCAGGACAAGUACAAGGGCCCAGUCAAAUUGGAGGUCCAGGCCAGGUAGGGGUUUGGCCUGGUCAAAGACCAGGACCAAGUCAAAUUGGAAGACCAGGUCAAAUAGGAGGUCCUGGGCAGGUAGGAGGUUGGCCAGGACAAGUACAAGGUCCAAGUCAAUUUGGCGGCUCAGGUCAGGUAGGGGUUUGGCCUGGACAAGGACCAGGUCAAAUUGGAGGUCCUGGUCAAAUAGGAGGACCAGGUCAGAUAGGAAGACCAGGUCAAAUAGGAGGCCCGAGUCAAAUAGGAGGUCCAGGACAAAUUGGAGGUCCUGGCCAGGUCGGAGUUUGGCCUGGACAAGUACAAGGGCCAGGUCAAACUGGUGGGUGGCCUGGACAACAAGAAAGACCAGGCCGAGUGGAUCAAACACCCGGCAUACCUGGCGGUGGACCUCUUCCAAUUAUUGACGGUCGAUACCCUACUGGAGUGGAUUCGGACGACUCUGACUCCCAAGUCCAAACUUCCGUCCUGCAGACUAGUAACGGCACCAUGGCGCAAGCAGAAGCUCAAGGCACUUUCGGAGGUGGCACAGCUCAGUCUCAGGUGUCCGGAACGUAUUCCGGUUCAGGCUCAUUCAGUGCAUCGGCGGGAUCAGAUGACGGCAACCGAGGAGCGAAAACUCAGAUAGAGGGAGGGGAAAACGGUGCUGAGAGUUCGGCUCAGGGGCGGGGAGGCAAAGGGCAGUCCCAGGCGCAAGUGGUACUGUCUUCUGACACUGGAAAUACUCUAUCGAGCGCACAGAGUGGGGGGUUGAGUCAUGCUACCCAAUCACAAGUGCAGGCGUCAGAAAAAGGUGGUUCGGCUGAUGCACAAGCCAACGGUCCAGGAAAUACUUCUUCCCAAGCACAAAUAGGGUUCGUACCUUACGAUGGAAGGGAAGCAGAUAAUCAGACGGUGCCGUUCAGAGGUGGUGGUACCGCUGGGGCACAAGGAGGGGCACUUUCUGGGAUGACACAAGCACAGAUUCAGGGCAAAUUCGGAUUCGGCGUGAGAUAUACAGGAGGGGCUCAAGCGGCUUCGGGAGAUUUCAAGGCGAACUCUACCAGGGAUGGACCAUUCAAACCCCUGAAAUUCGAUACGACUUCGUCGAUAGCGAAAGAGAAGCUUUCGCAGAGUAGGCAAGACAGGCAAAGCCAAGUGGGUUUGCUGCAUGUGCCAAAAAGUCCCAGGAAUACUACUACCACUACCACAGAGCGUACCUCAGAAAAUUCGGCUCCCAAGCAAUCUAACGUAGAAACAGCCGAUGAAGUGAAAGAUUACAACGAAGAUUACUAUGAUGAGGAGUAUGAAGGUGAUACUGAGAAACCGAAAACGAGGAGCCUUGUUAGUCAAACGGACGAGUAUCAAAGGCAGCACAUAGUGCUGGAUCCUUUGGAGGAUCUGGAUCUGACUGUGCAUCAGAGCAAAGGAGAUUUUCCUAGUGAAGGUAGUGUUAUACAGCCCGGUGAGACGAUACCAGGCACUCCUGGGUAUAGAAUACCACUAGGGUUCCGAGGAACUGUCAAAUCAAUCGCUAACGGGCACAACACUUUCGCUAUAGGAAGGCAUUCGCAAGCGCAAAGCGUUACUUUGUCACCUGGUAGCGGGAAAAUAAUCUACAAGAAGCCCUUUUAUGCUGUCUCUUCUGAUACUCACCUGAGGAACGGACAGUAUGGAUACGGUUCCGGUUAUACUUACCAACCAGCUUACUCUCCAGUUAGUUAUCAACUCAAGAACGGUAAGGUAUUGCCUAAUUUUGUGUCGAUGACCAAAUCCGAGACUGGUUCGAGGAAUUUGGUGACGGGAAAAAAGACUCCUAGCAUUUACUAUACGCAGUCGUCUAGUUGCGGUAUAUUCACUAACCACUGUGUGUUCAAUGCCGGAAGGAAAAUGUGCUUUCCCAAAGCGAAAACGAAUCCAGAUGGCACGAUUAUGGGGUGCUGACGUAUUAUUAGGUAGUCGUUAGGUUAUUCCAAUUGUUCGGAUGAAAGACAUUUUUUAUAAGAAAAUAGAAAAUAUAAAGUGGAAAAUCU